UCCGCUCGUUGGUGGCGAGGUCGCCGAGCCGGUAGCCCGGGAGGACUUGGCCGCGGACCCGCCGCGCGAAAGCCGUGUGGAGGUUAUGGAUGAUAAGCCCGGUCCUGGACCAGUGAGUGAGACUUCAGAAUUUCUCUUCUCCUUUGGAGUUAUAGCAGAUAUUCAGUAUGCUGACUUAGAAGAUGGCUAUAAUUUCCAAGGAAACAGACGGCGAUACUACAGACACAGUCUGCUCCACUUACAAGGUGCUAUCGAGCACUGGAAUACAGAAGGCAGCCCGCCCCGCUGUGUACUUCAGCUUGGAGACAUCAUUGACGGAUAUAACGCGCAGUAUAAAGCCUCUGAAAAGUCGCUGGAACUUGUUAUGAACACAUUCCAGAUGCUUAAAGUUCCCGUUCAUCAUACAUGGGGGAACCAUGAGUUCUAUAACUUCAGCAGAAACUACUUAACGAAUUCUAAACUUAACACAAAGUUUCUGGAAGACCAGAUCGUGCACCAUCCCGAGACCGUGCCUUCAGAGAACUACUAUGCUUAUCAUUUUGUACCGUUCCCUCAAUUCCGGUUCAUUUUACUGGAUGCUUACGACUUGAGCGUCUUGGGUGUGGAUCAGUCCUCUGCAAAAUACCAGCAGUGUCUGAAGAUACUGAAGGGUCACAAUCCAAACUCGGAAUUGAAUAGUCCUCAAGGACUGUCUGAGCCCCAGUUUGUCCAGUUCAAUGGAGGAUUCAGCCAAGAGCAGCUGAACUGGUUGAACGAAGUCCUCACCUUCUCGGACACAAACCAGGAAAAGGUGGUGAUUGUGAGCCAUCUUCCCAUUUACCCAGAGGCCUCUGACAGUGUGUGCCUGGCCUGGAAUUACAGAGACGCGCUGGCCGUCAUUUGGUCCCACAGGUGUGUCGUGUGUUUCUUCGCCGGUCACACUCACGAUGGUGGCUACUCCGAGGAUCCUUUUGGUGUGCACCACGUCAACCUAGAAGGGGUUAUAGAGACGGCGCCGGACAGCCAGGCUUUUGGCACCGUUUAUGUCUACUCUGACAAGAUGAUGUUGAAAGGGAGGGGCAGGGUUCCGGACAGGAUCAUGAAUUAUAAGAGGGAGAACGCCUUCCGGUGUUAGUCUGGCUCACUGCGUUUCAUCUCGUUUGCCUUUGGAGAGAGAGAGCACGGCUGAGCUUUGUGUUUUUGUUCAUCUCCCCCCGCCCCGAACCCUCAGGCUCCUUGCUUAGUAUUCUCUUUGCACGACAAAACGGAUCUGUGGCCUCGGUGCGCGUCAGCUCACGAGAUAUUCUGACGUGUCGUUUUUGGAUAACAGAUCCGGUGCUGAGAACUGGACACAGAAUGAAUGCGGGCGGCGUGAAUAAACCAGGGCAGAGACUGAGGGGGGUGGUCGAGUCCUCAAGACAGACUUCAUUUAGCCUGAUCUGGAAUUUUUUUUUCUUUUUUUUUUUUUUACACCAAGGAGGAUAUAUUCAUGUAUUAACCAUGUAACUUAACGUUCGUAAUAAUAAAAUAAGCUCAGGUAAACUC